AUGGCUGAUUUAAUGACGGUUGCCCAUAUACUAUAUCGCCUUCUUUCUUCUGUGCUAUUGUAUAUAAACGACUUUAUAUUGGAUACCUUCCAGCAAGGCCCUAUUCCAAACCAUGUGGCAUUUAUCAUGGAUGGAAACCGCCGUUAUGCAAAAGAGAACCAAGUUACGGUAGCCGAGGGCCAUUCGGCCGGUGCUAGCACAUUAAAGCAGAACUUAAACGAGUGCUUCACCCUUGGCAUCAAAGUAAUAUCCCUCUACGCAUUCAGCCUCGAGAAUUUCAAAAGACCAAAGGAGCAAGUCGAUACUCUGAUGAGACUGUUGGAGAGUUCCCUCCUACAAAUUCACGGACCAAAUACCUUCGUCGAGAAACACGAUGUUCAAAUUCGAGUUGUUGGAAGACUUGAGAUGCUUGAUGAGUACGUUCUGAACGCCAUCGCUAGGACCAUGGAUGCAACGAAGGAUAACAAGGGGAGAAUAUUGAAUAUUUGCAUUGCCUAUACUGCUCGAGAUGAGAUCGCUUCUGCAAUCAGGGAGACCGUAUCGGGUUGUGGAUCUUCUGCGAAGAUCACGGAGAGCUCGCUGACUGACAACAUGUUCAUGGAAGUUCCCGUGGACUUGAUGAUACGUACCUCCGGUGUCUAUAGAUUGAGCGAUUUUAUGCUUUGGCAGUGUCACCAGCAUACUCCAAUUGAGGUUGUUGAGAGGAACUGGCCCGAUUUUGGAAGAUGGGACAUGGGGAUAAUUCUAUUGAGAUGGCAAAGACGGAGGAACAGAGUAUUGGUCGGACUAUGA